CGAGGGGAGGGGAAGAAGCUACCGCAGAGGCGUGCGGUCCAAGCGAACCAACGUAGCAGAGAGAGAAAGAACUUCUCCUUCAAACGCAACCUCUCUCUCUGUCUUCUCUCUCUAGCCGGAACCUUGUGCUAUUAGAGAGAGAGAGAGAGAGAGAGAGAAAGCCAAAGUUUCUAAAACCUUCCACUGUUUCUUUCACUCUUUUUUUUGCCUGUAUGUAUUCCGUUUGAAAAGACCGGUGCUGCGGCAGGCGAUUUCCUGGGUUUUGGCUGACGGCUUCUGUUGUGGGUUUUUGCUUCUUCUUGUUGGGUAUGAAGGAUUUUUGGGUCUUGAAACAGAGAGAGGGGGGGAAUAGUCUCAGGGGUUUGUUGAAUUGAUUUUGUCGGAUGGUAAACUGGGCACGGAGAAAAGAGGGGUCAUGAAGAAAUCCUUCAAAGACUCGCUUAAAGCUCUUGAAGCCGAUAUCCAGCAUGCCAAUACCCUUCUUUGCCUGUGAGAACAGGGCAUCUGACUAUCCAACAGAUUACGGCGCCUGCCUUCAGAUGAGAUUAUCCUACAGUCCCUGUGCUCACAUUUUCCUCUUUCUUGUCCAGUGGACUGAUUGUCACCUGGCUGGUGCCCUUGGACUGCUUAGAAUUCUUAUUUAUAAGGCUUAUGAAGAUGGCAAGACCACCAUGUCUAUCCAUGAAAGGAAAGCUAGUUUAAGAGAGUUUUAUGGUGUUAUAUUUCCCUCUUUAUUGCAACUUCAAAGAGGAAUCACCGAUGUUGAAGAAAUGAAACAGAGAACUAUCUGUGCAACCAAGUACAGAAGAAGAGAUGAGAUGAACAAGGGUAAGCUUUCUGAAAUUGAUAUAGAGAAAGAAGAAGAAUGUGGCAUUUGCAUGGAGAUAGACAGCAAGGUUGUCUUGCCCAAAUGCAAUCACUCUAUGUGCAUGAAAUGCUACAGAAAUUGGCGAACUCGGUCUGAGUCGUGCCCAUUCUGUCGGGAUAGUCUCAAAAGGGUAAAUUCAGGUGAUCUUUGGAUCUACACCAGCAGCUGUGAUGUUGCGGAGUGGUCUACAAUUGCAAAGGAGAAUGUGAAGAGGCUUAUAGUAUACGUUGAGAAGUUGCCUAUCAUUCGCCCUGAUCCAACGCUCAUCUCUAAUGAGCCUCCCUUUUGGUGACUGACUCUCUUGGAAGAGCUGGAACAUUUUGUGCAUAAAUGAUCAGAUCAGCUGUAUAAAAAGGUUUCUGUUGGUUAUUUGAUUGGUCAUUCAUUAGUCAAGACUGUAUAUAUAUUGCCCAUUUGCUACUUUUAGCAAGCUCCAACAUAGUGUUUGGAACUAUUUAUUUAUUUCAUUUGAAUUAUAGUAUACAAUUCAUUGUUACCACAACUUCA